CGCCUCUCACCGGGCGACGCCCUUGUUGCGAGUUCUGGUUGGAAGCCGUGGCGCAGGCCCGGCGGCUCUUCCCGCGGCCCAUCUUCAGGAGAGGAGCCUGCCCCCGCCGCCCCCAGCUGGCGAGCAGCUGCUUCCACAGAUGGGGAGGUGGGCCCUCGACGUGGCCUUCGUGUGGAGGGCAGUGUUGACCCUGGGGCUGGUCCUUCUCUACUACUGCUUCUCCAUCGGCAUCACCUUCUACAACAAAUGGCUGACCAAGAGCUUCCACUUCCCCCUCUUCAUGACGAUGCUGCACCUGGCCGUGAUCUUCCUGUUCUCCGCCCUGUCCAGGGCGCUGGUCCAGUGCUCCAGCCACAGGGCCCGCGUGGUGCUGAGCUGGACCGACUACCUCAGAAGAGUAGCUCCGACAGCACUGGCGACGGCACUUGACGUGGGCCUAUCCAACUGGAGCUUCCUCUAUAUCACCGUCUCACUGUACACAAUGACCAAAUCCUCAGCCGUCCUCUUCAUCUUGAUCUUCUCUCUGAUCUUCAAGCUGGAGGAGCUGCGGGCGGCGCUGGUCCUGGUGGUCCUCCUCAUCGCCGGGGGCCUCUUCAUGUUCACCUACAAGUCCACGCAGUUCAACAUGGAGGGCUUUGCCUUGGUGCUGGGGGCCUCGUUCAUCGGCGGCAUUCGCUGGACCCUCACGCAGAUUCUCCUGCAGAAGGCGGAUCUUGGGCUCCAGAACCCCAUCGACACCAUGUUCCACCUGCAGCCACUCAUGUUUCUCGGGCUCUUCCCUCUCUUUGCCAUAUUUGAAGGUCUCCAUUUGUCCACAUCUGAGAAAAUCUUCCGUUUCCAGGACACAGGGCUGCUCCUGCGGGUACUCGGGAGCCUCUUCCUUGGCGGGAUUCUUGCCUUUGGUUUGGGUUUCUCCGAGUUCCUCCUGGUUUCCAGAACCUCCAGCCUUACUCUCUCCAUUGCCGGCAUUUUUAAGGAAGUCUGCACUUUGCUGUUGGCAGGCCAUCUGCUGGGCGAUCAGAUCAGCCUCCUGAACUGGCUGGGCUUCGCCCUCUGCCUCUCGGGAAUAUCCCUGCACGUCGCCCUCAAAGCCCUGCACUCCAGAGGUGAUGGCGACCCUAAACCCUCGAAGGGGCUGGGCUCCAACCCCGACCUGGAGCUGCUGCUCCGGAGCAGCCAGCCAGAGGAAGGGGAUAAUGAGGCGGCGGAGGAGGAGGACUUGGUGGCCCAGGGAUAGCAGCGACCAGCCAGGGGAGCAGCUUGGAAGCAGGCCGCUCCCAGUCUUCAUACUGAGGGCCGCUCAGGGACCAGGUGGCUUCUCACAGCAGCUGGGAGCAGUGGGCCCGCAGUGUCCGCGCUGGGCCUCGGGGAGCACGGGACCCAUGGAGAGCUGGUCAAACGGGGAGCACCAGGCAGAACAGGCCCCACGCUGUGCUGGAGUCACAGCAGAGGAACGGAGGGCUGUUCUCAGCUGCUUGCCAGGCUCUGGCUGCCAAGAUCAUGAUUUCAGAGGCAUCACAGGUGUCUAAGGGGCCUGGGCCUGGACUGCAGAGCAGUUGCGGGGAGAUGGAGAGCUGGGGGCUUAUCACCCGGACAGCUCUCAGCUCAGAGAGCAGGUCUAUUUAUAGUUUGGAAAUAAAGGGUUUACAGUCCACUA